CCCUCCCCCGCGGCUUCCUGAUUUCCGAACCUCCACCGCUGGGGGGCUGGGGGCUGGGGCCGGCCCCGGGGCAAGACCACCCGGGCAGCCAGCGUGUCCCCGCGACGGCUGCACGAGGACUCAGCAUGGAAGGCAGCCGGAGAGCCAGAGCAACCUCUGUCCUUCCAAGAUAUGUUCCACCGUGCCUAUUUAAAGGACACUUGAGCACCAAAAGUAAUGACAGAGCCUGUCAGUGAACCUGGAGCUCACCCACUCUACUAACUGGCCAGUGAACCCCAGGGAUCCCGUGUCUCUGCCCUCCCCCCACUGCAUCCAGCGCAAGGACUGCAGUUCCUUUUGCACUGACUCCUCUUCUCUCAGACUAACCACUCUCCAGCUGGUCAAGAAUCACAUGGCUGUUCAUUAUAAUAAAAUCCUUUCAGCCAAAGCUGCUGUAGACUGCUCAGUUCCAGUAAGUGUGAGUGCCAGCAUCAAAUAUGCAGACCAACAACGAAGAGAGAAACUCAAAAAGGAAUUAGCACGAUGUGAGAAAGAGUUUAAAUUAACUAGAAGUGCAAUGCAGGCCAAUUCUAAAAUGAAUUCCAAGUCAUUUUAUAACACCCUCCAAAAGCCUUCAGGGGAGCCACAAGGCCAGGAUGUGUUCAUAGAAGAAGUGAAUGGUUUUUCAUCCUUUGCAAAGUCACUAGUCCCAUCUUCAAAUGGUCUACACCUGAGUCCAUCUAAGUCAGAUAAAGUCCUGAUGAAUGGCACUAAGAAUGCAAGCAGCACACCAUCCAGCGUGGAUUACACAGGCUCCAGCUCCAGGAAACCUUGUUCUGAAACUGUAUGUGGCAGAAGGCCCAGGAGUGCUUUCCAAAGGGCCCACCGGUUUCAGCUUGUCAUUUCCAAAGCACCCAGUGGAGAUCUUUUGGAAAAACAUUCUGAUCUCUUUUCUAAUAAACAAUUGCCAUUCACUCCACGCACUUUGAAAACAGAAGCAAAAUCUUUCCUGUCACACUAUCGGUAUUACACACCUGCCAAAAGAAAACAGCAUCUUAAAGACCAACGGAUGGAAGCUGAAACCCAAACUGAGUUAAGCAGUUUUAAUUCUGAUCUUUGGACAGCUGAGAUGAAGAAUUUGACAGAUUCAGAGGCUACCAUAAAGCAGGCACCUAAUUACAUGACAUAUGACAUUGAAGAAAAGAUAACUUCAUUACCUUUACAAAGGCAACACUCGCCAUGGGACGAGAUUCAAGAUGGCACCCUGCAGCAUUCCUCACAAAGUGAAGAAGAACUCUUGUAUCUGAAUUUCAUUGAAGAUGUAACAGAUGAAAUUUUGAGACUUGGUUUAUUUUCUAAAAGGUUUUUAGAACAACUAUUUGAGCGACACAUAAAACAAAACAGACAUCAUUUGAAUGAGGAAAAAAUGCGCUACCUGCUACAUGGCCUAAAGGUUGCCCUUGGCUACACAUCUGAGGAGAAUCCAGUAAAGCUACAUGAUGUCACCAUCUUGAAUUUCCUUGACUUUCAAAAGGCACUUACCUCAGAGAAAAGUAAAUUUCAGGAGGAAAGUGACACUUUGAUUCAGCAGGAACGCCAGCAGUACCAAAAGGCUUUGGACAUGUUACUGUCCCUGCCAAAGGCUGAGAGUGAGAUGGUCUCUCCCCCAGGUGAAUUUUCCAUGCCCAUGCCUAAGUCAAAGUAUUCAGAAGGGGUGAUAAUUCAGCAGGUGAAUGAUGACACAGAUCCUGACCUCUCAGCCCAAGAUGAAAAUGAUGCAAGUGUAGCUGACAGCUUACUAGACCAGGAAACCUCAGUGGAUGUCAUUGAAGGUGACAGUGACACCGAGAAGGUUGAGACGUCAAAGGAAUUAUGCUGUCUUAACAUGUCACUAUCUCCGUUGGCUCAGUGCUCCAGUGUCAGAGGUGGCAAUAAUCAGGACAAGGAAUUAUCAACUCUUAAAAUCAUGGAAAUGAGCAUUGAAGACUACCCACUGGAUGUUUGAUCUUCAUUAAUAAACCCCCACACGGGCAGUGGUUCAGUAUUA